CGCUUCUAAGCCGCAGCUGUGGGGGGAAGAACUGACUGCUGGUGCCUGGUUUGGCUGACGUUUGAGGUGCGGAUGAUGGGUAGCAUGUCCAAACAGAUGCGGAGGGGUCUUGGGUUGUGUUUGGGAAAAAUGCAGCUGUGCGAUACUGUUCACAUACCACCGGGGUGGAACGUAUCCACGGGAGAGCAAACGGAUGACAGCGAAGAUGAUUGGUCAAAGGCAGUCAAAGCGGAUGUCCCGUCCUCGCUGUGCCGCACAUGACGAGCAUACUCAGAUGAUGUCCGGAGUCCAGGAGACAUUAUCAACAGGUAGCGACGGAGUUGCUUGCUGCUCGUGCUAGUAAGACCAUCAAGUGUCCAUUAGUCCCCUAGUUAGCGCCCAACUUUCGCGUGUUGGCUGGAUAGUUGGGUUGCAAGCGGCUGAGCAAGUGCGGGAAAGCGGGGCUUUGUUCGAACUUGUGCGGUCAUCGUGACUCUAUUGUCACCAAAUUAUUCUUCGAUGCAACAAACUUCGACACGUCUCUCCCGCACGCCGCAGACAAGUCGGAUACCCAAAGCACAUCAGCAUGGCGGUCUACCAAGUCCUGACAACCAUGGCAAUGGUAUGCAUGCUUGCACACCUAGCGCGCGGCGACGGCACGACCCAACUCGGUACUACGCAGGCGCUUCAAGCGUCGACUGUUCUCUACCUUGACAUUGAUAACAUUGCCAACCAGCGCAUUUACUUUCAGGGCACGGGUCAACUCCGGAUCUACCGCCCUGGAGACUUUGCCCAAGUGGGGACCAUUCUUUCCGGCCAAUUGUACACUCCGACAAUGACGGGUGUGUAUGGUGCGCUCCUUACGCUGGACCAGACGUACGGAGCGGUCUGGGACAUCUCCGUGUAUGACACGUCGACAUCGUCGAUUGAUGCCGGACGAGUUUUUUCGUUCUCGUGGAACCUCGCCUCAAACUCGUUCUCUCAGAGCGACGCGGUCGACGUCUCCAUCUGGUCACUCUUCUCGACGUCGCUUGGCGCCAAGCUUGUGGAGAACCGAUUCGAAGGCAUGGCGGGCUUCAUCUACCAGAUCGCCGCGUCGACGACCGGCAUCGAGACGGCGACACCAAAAUACAAGUCUGUUCUGCAGUCCGGCAACUCGGUCACGCCCAACAUCCGCCUCUACCUUUCCAAGCCGGAGCACGUCACGCUCUCAUCGUCCGUGCCCAACAUUGUGUUUGAAGGUGUGGAGUUUGUCACGCUCGGCUGCUUCGACUUUAUCUCUGACUGCAACACCGUGGUCGCAGACAAGGUCCAUCCUCGGUUCAAGUUCAACACCGAUGCUGCCGGCGGGCGAUAUACUCUUGUCUGCGAUACCAACAGUGACGGCGCCCUCGACCUUGUCCGCCAGACCGAUACUUCCCUGCGUGGCACAACCGUGGCGGGCGACAACAUUGUCGAGUGGGAUGGUCGCGAUGACAACAACGCCCUCGUCACCGCGGGCUUUUACACCUGCAAGAUGUUUGUCUAUCUCGAUGAGAUCCACUUCCCGCUGGUCGACAUGGAGACGGUGUACCCCGGCCUGCGGAUGUUUGAUCACUCAAGUGGCACGCCUCGCCCGCAGAUCAUGUACUGGAACGAUGAUGGAGUCAACGCGCCGAUCGCGAUGCCCAACGGGCAGUUCGGCGCGACGUACUCGGGAUGCUGCGGCAUCGACUCGGGAGUAUCGACCGAUCCGAUUUCUCCCAACGUCAAUGCACGAUCCUGGGGCAACUUUGUCUCGGGCUCCAAGGGUGAUACCGCCAUCCUCAACACCUUUUCGCUUGUCGAGGUCACUGUCUCGGAGGCCAUCAACAUCUCGGUGGCACAGCCGUCACAGUGCGAGACUGCGACGGUGAAUCUCAUCGACUACGUCCUGACGGAGCUUGACUCGGGCACCACCGUUGUCGAGGUCAAGCUUGCCGUCUCAUCGUACCUCGCUGGCGACAUCACGCUGGCCUACACGACGGCCGACGGUACGGCGACAGCUGGCUCGGGCGACUACGUCGCCACCUCAGGCUCCAUCGUCAUCAGCUCGGGCGACUUUUGUAACUCGCUCUCGGUCACCAUCAAUGGUGACGACAUUGUCGAGUACGACGAGUGGUUCUUCCUCGACGUGACCCAGACAGCAGGCCCUACGGUGAUCAUCGCUGACGGACGAGCGAACGUCACCAUCCUCAACGACGACACACCGGUCACCAUCUCGAUGACCAACAGCGCUACCUCAGUCACCGAGCCCUCGAGCGGAUCGGCCAAUGCCGGACUUACGUUUACCCUCUCGGCGCCCUCGACAGCGCCGGUUACGGUCUACCUCGCGACGACAGCCCCUGGCGGAUCGCUCGUGACGAGCGGAACCGACUUUACUCCCCCGCCGGCGUCGAUUGUUAUCCCGGCCGGCGUCACAACGUUUACUUACGACAUUCCCGUGGCCGCAGACAGGUUCUGGGACGACGGUGAGCAGUUUACCGUCUCCAUCGCCGGCACCUCGGUCGAAGGUGCCGUGGGCGGACAGACAUCGACAACGUUCACCAUCAACGACAGCGGCCCUGCCCCUGUGGUCACGGCGUCGGUCGUCUCCGGCAACGUGGCGUCGAGCACCGGCGACGGCACGGCAUCCCUCUCCUCAACUCUCCCGGGUGACGGACGAGUCGGCGAGUCCAACGAGGUUGUGUACCAGCUGACACUCUCGCGUCCGUCCGAGUACGCCGCCGGACUCACGCUUAAUGUCGACGGGCCGGCAACAACCGCCACGCUUCCUGGCGAUGCGGACUUGGUCGGCACCAUCGAUCGAACGGGCGGACCGUUCACGAUCGCUGCCGGCGAGACCUCCUUUAACGUCUCACUAGUGGUGGCUGGCGAUGGCGAUGCAGAGGCGGAUGAAGUUGUCGACUUUGAUGCGGUGGUCAACCUUAACGGUGCGAGCAACCCGACGACGACCGCGACCAUCUUGACCAACAUCCCCAACGACGAUGUGGCGGUGGUGCAGAUGGCGGCGCCGACGGCAGCGACAACAGAGCCGGGCUCUGGCACGGUCAACGUGCCCAUCACAGUCAACUUGCUCGCUACUUCGCCAUCGCCUGUCACGAUCAACAUCCAGACGUCUGUCUCAUCCGGUUCACUCGCGACUGGCGGGGCUGACUUUACGGCCGAGUCAACAACUGUUGUCGUUCCUCCAGGCCAGAUGUCCGUGGUGUACAACGCAGUUGUGGCUGCGGAUACAUGGUACGACGGCGGCGAGACGUUCGACGUCAAGAUUACCGGAGCAGACAACGGCUUUGCCGUCGGCGCGGCUGACACGACGGUCGUGACGAUUGCUGACUCGGGACCGGCGCCGGUGCUGACCGCGACGGUGGUCGGCGGAACGACGACCGCUGUGUCGGGCGACGGGACGGAUGUUAUUGAUGUGACCGGUCCCGAGGGCGCGGCGUCGACGACCAACGAGCUUGUGGUCGAGCUUGCGCUGUCGCGGCCAUCCGAGUACGCGGCUGGACUCACGGUUCAGGUCGAUGGUGUGACGUCGACGGCUGAUGUGCCGUCCGAUGCGACGAUUGUUGACACUGUGGCGCGGACGGGAAGCCCGAUGACGAUCCCGGCGCUUGCGACGACACACCAGGUGUCUGUUGUGGUGUCGGGCGACGGGGUGCUCGAGCCGACCGAGGUGCUCGACCUUGGCCUUAUCGCCAACUACGGCGGCGCGGAACUGGCGGCUGACGUGGUCAGCGUGACCGCGACGAUCACCAACGAUGACGCGGCGGUGGUGACGAUGGCGGCCGGGACGGCUGCAGCGACCGAGCCCGGAUCGGGGACGGUCAACGUGCCGAUCACGCAGGCCCUACGGUGA